AUGGUCGUUGAUACCGCCUAUUACGACACCCUGGGUGUCCAGCCCACGGCCACCGAGCUGGAGAUCAAGAAGGCUUAUCGCAAGAUGGCUAUUGUCCACCACCCAGAUAAGAAUCCUAAUGAUCCUACCGCCCACGAAAAGUUCCAGGCCAUCGGUGAGGCCUAUCAAGUUCUGUCCGAUUCCGAUCUACGCGCGGCCUACGAUAAGUUUGGAAAGGACUCUGCGAGACCGCAGGAGGGUUUCGCAGAUCCAGCUGAAUUCUUCAGCUCCAUCUUUGGAGGCGAGGCCUUCGUGGACUGGAUCGGUGAGAUUAGCCUUAUGAAGGAUCUUACGGCAACCAUGGACAUCACGAUGCAGGAGGAGGAAGAAGCUGCCGCUGCUGAAGCCGCUGCCGCCGCGCAAGCCGAGGAGGAUUUCCCUGGAACUGAAGAUGCCAAGAAGGAGAGCCUCAAGGAGCAAGAGCAGAAGGCUAAGCAGAAGGCCGCCGCCGCUGCAGAGCACCAAGUAGGCCCACCACCGCCGCCUUAUGCAGCCGCUUCUGUCAACGACGACAAGGAGACCAAGCCCGCUUCACCUGCCGCUCCCGCCGCUGGCCUCUCCGCCGAUACCCCUCAGCGAACCGAUGCCACAUCCCCCGCUCCCUCGUCGAGCUCACGUAGCCGAACCCAGAUCCCUCUUCGACCCGCACUGAUGGACAAGUCUCACGAGGACCUUCUUGAUGCCGAGGCCAACAAGGGUGAAUUAACAGAGGAGGAGCUCAAGCAUAAGGAGAAGAAGAAGGGUGGCCUGACCAAGGAGCAGCGUGAGCAGUUGGCAGCAUACGAGAAGGAGCGCGCCAAGAUUCGCCAGGAGCGUGUCGACACCCUCGCUCGGAAGCUCCUUGAUAGACUGAGCGUGUGGACAGAGACAGACAAGGGUUCUGACGUAACCAAGGCAUUCCAGGAGAAGAUGCGUCUCGAGGUUGAGAACCUAAAGAUGGAGUCUUUCGGAAUUGAUAUCCUGCACGCUAUCGGUCAAACCUAUGUCUCGAAGGCCUCGAGCUUACUCCGCAGCCAGAAGUUCUUUGGUAUCGGUGGUUUCUUCAGCAGACUCCGUGACAAGGGCACACUCGUCAAGGAGACAUGGAACACCAUCAGCAGCGCUAUUGAUGCUCAACAGACCAUGGAGGAUAUGGCCAAGAUGGAGGAGAAGGGUGGCGAGGACUGGACUGAUGAGAAGCGCGCUGAGUACGAGAGACGCGUGACUGGCAAGAUUCUCACCGCUGCAUGGAGGGGAAGCAAGUUUGAGAUCCAGAGCGUUCUGCGUGAGGUCUGCGACAGUAUUUUGAACGACAAGAAGGUCCACCUCAACAAGCGACUCGAGCGCGCACAGGCUCUUGUUCUGAUUGGUGACGUCUUCAUCCGGGCUGAGCGAUCUCCUGAAGAGGAGGGCGACUAUCUCGUUUUCGAGCAGCUCGUUGCUGAGGCCGCAAUGAAGAAGGACAAGGAGGAAGACCACAAGAAGAAGAAGGAUCGCAAGUCCUUCCACAGCAAGGACAAGGAACCCAAAGACAAGGAGCACGCUACGACACCCUGA